UCAAGUCGGGGUCCUUCUUCUACCUUUUUUGCACUGCCAUUGGCUGCCUCUACUCUGUCUCCUGGCUCCUCCUCCCAGGUAUCUACCCUUCCGCCACCAUGCAUCGCUCGCUGCCUCCUCUCCAUCGUUUUUGUUGUGUGGCGAGCGGUCUCGCGUCCCAGGUCCAAAGCGUUCGCCUGCUGCGCUGCUUCUACAGUCAGCCCCUGCAACGAGGAAUGGCUAGUCAGCCAUCUUUUAGAAUUGAAUAUGAUACUUUUGGUGAACUCAGUGUUCCAAAUGACAAGUAUUAUGGUGCACAGACUGUGAGAUCUACAAUGAAUUUUAAGAUUGGUGGUGCAACUGAACGGAUGCCAGUUCAAGUAAUAAGAGCUUUUGGUAUCUUAAAACGAGCAGCUGCUGAAAUAAACCAGGAUUAUGGCCUCGAGGCUAAGAUUGCUAAUGCCAUUAUAAAGGCAGCAGAUGAGGUAUCUGAAGGUAAAUUAAAUGAUCACUUUCCUUUGGUGGUAUGGCAAACUGGAUCUGGAACUCAGACUAACAUGAAUGUUAAUGAAGUCAUCAGCAACAGAGCCAUUGAGAUACUGGGAGGUAAACUGGGGAGCAAGGACCCAGUACAUCCUAAUGACCAUGUUAAUAAAAGCCAGAGCUCAAAUGAUACAUUUCCCACUGCAAUGCAUAUUGCUGCUGCAUUGGAAGUUCAUGAAGUGCUGUUACCAGGGCUACAGAAGCUUCAAGAUGCCCUUGAUGCCAAGGCAAAAGAGUUUUCUGAAAUUAUUAAAAUUGGACGUACUCAUACACAGGAUGCAGUUCCUCUUACUCUUGGCCAGGAAUUCAGCGCUUAUGUGCAACAAGUCAAAUAUGGCAUCGCAAGGAUCAAAUCAGUCAUGCCAAGAGUCUAUGAACUGGCAGCUGGUGGCACUGCAGUUGGCACAGGACUGAAUACGAGAAUUGGUUUUGCUGAGAAGGUUGCAUCUAAAAUAGCUGCACUUACAAGUAAGAAAAAACAUGAAAAAUAAUCUUGAUGAGUUGGUCUCAACUUGCUAG